AUGACAGCUUCAGAGCGCGAAUGGCGCGAAAUCGGCCAUAAUUCAUUUGGUCCCGAUGCCUUUAUCAACCAAGGCAAUCUCCAUGUUCAUCUACCCCUCCCACCAGCUCCAGCCAAGGUCGCUCGCGUCAUUCCAUAUCUUCUCAACGAGGACCUCGUCUACCGCAAAGAGGUUGUUGAUCAACUGGACAAGUUGCUGCCACCAUCGCCAGGCUUCUAUAACGCGGCACUUUGGGGCUUGGGAGGCUCAGGAAAAACGCAGAUCGCACUAGACUAUGCGUACCGGCGGUGUGUCGAUGAUGAGUGCUGCGUCUUGUGGGUGCACGCAGAUAGCGAAGCCACUUUCACGUCCGACUAUAAGGCGAUUGGGAAAAAGCUCGGCAUCAGUGGAGAGAGCCUCGAUGGGCCGGAGCUGCUUGCUGCGGUGCGAGACGGGAUUGAGGCACAGCCGCGAUGGGUCCUUAUCCUUGACAAUGCUGAUGAUCUUGGACUCUUUGGCGUGGGACGCAAAGGGGGGAGCCUGGCAAAGUUCAUCCCGGGAGGUUUGCAAGGAACGAUACUGUGGACGAGCCGUGACGGGCGUAUUACGGGCACUCUUGUCGGGCCCAGCCGAGGCAUCGAGGUUCCCUCCAUGACGAAAGAUGAGGCAAUAUCCCUUCUUGAGAUGUCCAUGAGUGACAACAUGAAGUCAGGCAUGGAAGAUGCCGAAAUAGAUCGCCUCCUGGAAGAACUGCAACUACUUCCACUGGCAGUUUCACAGGCCGGGGUAUAUAUGCGACGGACAAGAACGCCUGUUAAGGAAUACUUGAACCUCCUUCUGCAAGGCACGAGUCGAUGGGAUCUGCUCAAGAUUAACGACUCUGACCGGCAUCGACGGCCGGAAGUGUCAAAUAGUGUUCUUGAGACGUGGAAAAUUUCGAUUGAGCGCAUUCAAGAGGAGAGCAAGCUGUCGUAUCGAAUUCUUCACGUUAUUGCAUAUCUAUACAACCAAGACAUACCACAUCAGCUAAUGCAAGCGGCAGGCCAAGGUAGCGCUAGCAGUCAAGAGGAUGAGAAUGCUUAUAGGCAAAAUACAGAUCUAGAAGUGUUACAAGCUGUCACAAGACUAGUCGAGUUCUCUUUUCUCCAUACGCGCCGAGUGGAAGAAGGCCAGCGGAGCUAUGAGAUGCAUAAGCUUGUCCAAGAGGCCAUACGAUAUGGACUAAGGGUCCAGCAGCCAGAAAAGUCACCCUUGGGCGAAUCUACGGCUUUGACUGACAGUCCACAGAAUACAGAGGCAUACUUCUCAGCCAUAGCUCUGAAGAUAGUAAAUGAUGUUUUCGAAAACGUUCCGUUGCCAGGGUAUUGUUACAUACCACACGCUAUCCAGGUGGGCGAGUGGGCAGAAGUGAACGGGAAAGAAGUUGAAGCGUCGGCAUUACUCUGCAGAGUAUCGGCUUGUAUGUAUGCUUAUGGGAGGUGGAGAGAAAGAGAGCCGGUAGACAGAAAGGUUAUAAACUUGAGAACAAAGGCGCUCGGCGAGAAACAUCUAGAUACCAUCGAAGGCAUGGCAAUUCUUGUGGUGACGCUUAUAUGGCUGGGCCGGUACAGCGAAGCUGAGAAGUUGGCAGAACAGGUGCUAGAGCUUCGCCGGCAGAGCGGAAGUCUCUGUGAUAAACAUCCAAAAAUGAUCACUAGCAUGGCAUACCUCGCAAUAAUACAUCAAUUUCAGGCCCGUUAUGACGAAGCCGAGAGGUUGACGGAGCAGGUGUUGAGCCUCCAACGGGAGGUGAUCGGAGAUGAUCACCCACAAACAGUCAACAUGAAGGAAAAUCUCGCAAUAAUAUACUUUAGUCAAGGUCGACGUAAAGAGGCCGAGGUGUUGAUGAAGCAAACGCUAGAUGUGCGCCGAGAGAUAUUUGGGGAUAAGCAUCCAGCUACAAUCAGAAGCAUUUCACAACUUGCAAUUUUACUCAGUGAUCAAGGUCGGUAUGACGACUCUGAGAAGUUAGCAAAGCAAGCGCUGGCCCUUUACCAGGCAGUGCUAGGGAGCCAUCCACACACAUUCAGUACCAUGGCUGAUCUCGCAGAAAUAUAUAUUUUCCAGGGCCGUUAUGUCGAAUCUGAGGAAUUGAAUAAGCAAGUAUUGAGCCUUCAAUUGAGAGACCUUGGAGACAAGCACCCAGAUACAGUG